GUUGUUUCUGUUUCACUGUGGAGGAUCACCGAGGAAGAAGGGUGGCAAUUCAAGAACACUGCGAUAUUAAAUACAAAAGCUUAUCGAUGUGUUUCUGAACAAAGGACCCGACGACGUACGGCUUCUACUCUGUUCAGAAGUCGUUGUGUAUUUUAGCAUUUUUAAUGGCUCCUCCAAGAAAGAAUGCAUUACCCAAACCACUCCCAGAUGGCUUCAUACUGACAGACACCGAGAAGAAGAAAUGGAAGCUGGGGACAAUCAUCGGUCAAGGUGGAUUUGGACUGAUCUAUCUUGCCUCACAGGACAUAGACAGACCUGUUGCAAUGGACACUGACUUUGUCAUAAAAGUGGAGUACCAGACGAAUGGCCCCCUGUUCUCAGAGCUCAAGUUCUACCAGAGGGCAGCCAAACCGGAGAGCAUGCAAAAAUGGAAGAAAAACAGGAAACUGGACUUUCUUGGCAUCCCGACAUACUGGGGCUCUGGACUUGCAGAAUAUAAUGACCUCAGUUAUCGUUUCAUGGCCAUGGACCGACUGGGCAUGGAUCUUCAGAAAGUCUGUGAUCGCAAUGGAGGCCGACUGAAGAAGGCCACUGUACUCCAGCUUGGCCAACGACUGGUGGAUGUUCUGGAGUAUAUUCAUGAGAAUGAGUACGUCCAUGCAGACAUUAAAGCUGCCAACCUCAUGCAUGGUUACAGAGAUCCUGAACAGGUCUACCUUGCAGAUUAUGGGUUGUCCUACAGAUACUGUCCUGAUGGAGCCCACAAAGAAUAUAAGGAAAACCCUAAGAGGUGCCAUGAUGGAACAAUCGAGUAUACCAGCCUUGAUGCCCACAAAGGACUCGCUCCAUCUAGACGUAGUGACCUCCAGAUUUUGGGUUUCUGUCUUCUUCACUGGUUAUGUGGAUCGCUCCCCUGGAACAGUGUCCUCAAGAAUCCAACACAGGUCCAGGAGGCCAAGACCAGACUGAUGGAUAAUCUGCCAGACUCAGUCCAGCAGCUGUCAGCGAGCAGAGGCAGCACAGAUGAGGUGGCUGCAUUUCUCCUUUAUGUGAAAACUCUGGGAUACCAAGAUAAGCCCGACUACCAGCAUCUCAAAGACCUGUUGGCCAGUGUUGUCACAGGAAGCCUCGACUUCUCCAGCCCUCAAGGACCUGCAGGCGAGUCCGACUCAAAGAAUCCUCACACCAGGGAAAAGAAAGCGGGACGAGCCAGAGGGCCCAGCAAAGCCAAGCCUUCGCCUGCAGAGGUGGAAGAUGGAGCACAUGAAGGGAUGAAGUCCAAACCAGUGCCAGCUUGCCACAUAAGAGGACCACCCCUCCCUAAACCUCAGUCACAACAGGAAGAAGUUUUGCCUGCUGUCAGAAGAUCACAGAGGCUACGGGUUGCACCUGUUCACUCUUACAAGGAGGACGACUGUGAGGAGGACGACUGUGAGGAGGACAACAGUGAGGAUGAAGAGGAGGAGGUCAGACCCAAACCCAUUCCUGCAUGCUAUCUGAGAGGACCUCCAAAAAGCCCCAGUGGUCAACCCAAACAGAAAACUGAAUCCACAUGGACCGGCAGGAAAAGGGACGACCAGACUGUGACCUCUGAGAGAUGGGAACGAGUCCAUAUGCAAAGGAGAAAACCUGAAUGGGCAAACUGUGACAUUAAGAGGCAAACAAACAUGGAGUAUACAGAAAGAUGGGAUGAAGGGCCACUCCAUGACAGGAAAGGCCACAGCCAUCAGCAGCAGAGGUGCAGCCAGCACUGGUAUAAGCACAGAGACAGUACAGGACAGGACGCUGGUUCCACACAGACACAAGGACUGAUGUCCUGCUUUAUCGUUUUGGGUGCCUUCCUUUUGGUGGUUGCCGUUUUAGAGUUUGCCAAAGUGCAUUUAAACCCAUUUGAAUAGAAAAAAUGACUUCUGAGCAGGUAAGGGAUCUGCCAGUUUAAAUAGCAUCUUUCUAAGCUGCUUCCAAAAAUGGAGAUGGAGCUGCUGGGGACACAAAGCCUCUUCUCAGGACUUCUGGGCUGCCAUUUUCACAGUAAUAGGCUGAAAUAGAAAGAGAAACCUCAGUUUAUUCUGCCUGUUAAAUGUUCUGCAAAGUUAAAUGGGGUUUGAAGGAUUGCUUUUUAAAAAAAAUAUUGAAGUGGGCUCUCAUUUUUCACUAAAAAUCACAUGCACAAAUAAAACUGUCUUUGACUCUGAAUCGAUGAUGUGCUGUAUUCACACACAUCCAGUGUCACAUACUUACUCCUUUGUCAGACAAGGAGUAGCGUCGGUGAAAGUGUCUGAAUGCAGCGUAUUGUAGCGACCGCACUCAGCGGCCUUUCAGAGGAGAGAAGGCAACGUGAUGUAUAGAGCUGUGCUAAUUAAGUAUGCUGAAUAUCUAUUGAGUGUGAGGGAAGGCCUUUCUGAAGCGCUGUGACGGCAGCUGUCAGUCACACUGUGAGGUGCAGACAUACCUUGCUGCAGUAAGGACACUCUCCAAAAACAAUGCUGAAGCUCUGUCUGCUGGUGGGGAGCGCCCGCAGCCACUGAAGGGAAAAAAGAAAGAAACUACUCCAUCAAAUCAUUACCUUGGAUCUGAUGUGUCACUGAUAAAAACGUUUGUUUCAAUGUACACUUCUUGCAGCACUCUGUAAAGGCAUAUUCAAGAUUAUCCAAUAACUUGAAGCAUUUUGAGGGCUUUUAAGUAGAACUUUAGAAUGUCUCCUGCCACUUUUUUCUUCUUUAAAGAGAGAUCUGAGUGUUCGGAAUCUCUCUGAAUACAGAGAAUACGAACAUGCUCAGGCAGAUGGAGCUCAUUUGCUGUGUGUUGUGAAGCAGCAGCAGUCCACCUCAACAAUCCCUCUCUUCACCUGAGUGGCGAGCAGAAAGUAGUGCGUCUGUGCUCCAACUCAGCCAGGGAUCACACUCCACUGUCACUUAUCUGAGCAGCCCAGCUGUUACAACGCUAAAACAUUAAUGGCCAAGAGACCUGAGACUGUCUUAUCCUGAGCAGCAAACAGUUCCAGCACCUUUGAUUAAAAAGCCGUUGGUUCCUAAAUGAAACUUAAAUUUUAGUUGCCGUCAUUUUAAAGUAUGAUACUUAUUUAUAUAGGUUUGUAACAACAUUGGACUCUGUGAAUGUAACAUGAUAAAGCUUUUUACUGUGAUUAUCUGAGUGAAAACACACAUUGUAAUGCACUUGUAAAAACUAUCUUUAUGUCAAAUAAAUGUUUUGCACAAACCAAUUAAAA